CCGUUUUAGUAGACACCAGAAAGGUGUCUAGUUCUUCAUUCAUUCGUUUGACAUUGAGUUAUCGUUGAGAAUCAGUAUGCUUCUAAGCGCAGUGAUAAUUUGUUGUAUGAUAGUUGCGAAUGCGGAGCCACCUUUAAACAGCUAUUCUUUUACUGGCGAUAGCAAUGGGUACGAUUACGGUAAUACCGUUACUAGUAAUGGAUACUUGGGAUCUAAGGAUGGCUAUCAAAACGGUGGAGGAAGCUUUUACGGUACUGGAGACAUCAAUCACAAGUUAUCCAGCCAUGUCGGCAGUCACUCGUUAAUUAACAUCGGCAAUCAGGCUGGCAUCGGAGGAAGUGACGUAGGAAACAGUUACAACGGAUAUUCCGCGAACGAUCACGGGAAUGAGUACGCGGGAUAUGCCAAUAUUUACGGGAAUUCCGCUAGUGAAUCUAACACUACGCCCAAUCGUGCUACGUCUACACUCAGAGGAUAUAUUGGCGCCAACAAUAACGGGGAAUCGACCUUUAACGCGUAUUCGAGCGAUUCAAUUAAUAAAGACUCCGAUUUUGGCCAGUACGCGGCUGCUAGCAGCAGCAGCAGUAAAAAAAUACCCGCUUAUCUCGGAUUCUCCAGGCCAACCCGGGUACCAGACAAUUAUCCCGAAGGCUCUGCUGAUAAUGGGUCACAAGGAUAUCGCGGAUCCGAAAGUGAUCACAUCUACGCGCCUUAUUCAUCAGGCGGUCUGACUAGCGAAUACUUGUUUGGAAAGCAGAAAAACGACCCGUUGAACUUGAAAGGAGGCAACAAGUACAGCGGCGUCUACUCGAUUCCAUCCGAGACGCGUUACACGCGGGGAAACACCGGACACGUGAUCUAUAAUCGCGAUGUACCAUCGUUCGUGUUAGGAGGCUCCAGACUGAGCAGUCUCUUCUCCAAGGCACCUGGUAUCUAUUCUUCAACAAAGUCCAAUAAAUACGGUUCCAAAUACUUGUCCCGCUACGCUCCGAAUAGCGAGGUGACUUACGUAUCGAGAGAACGCGAUAACUAUUACAUGCCUUACGGCAAGGGUGGCAGAAAAGUCAUUGUAAUUAAAGACAAUAACCCGAGUUACACCGGUCGUGUUUAUUCCGACGAGCCGCUUUACGCUGGCAGCGACAGCAGCUACAUUAGAAGUAAGAGCGGUUUUGCGAACGGUUACUCCGCUUCGCCGAAUUUUGAUGGAUACACUGGCAGCAGCAGUUAUGAUGACAGUUCCACUAUGAUCAGAAGAUAUAGAACCAGUAGUGGUCCCAUGUUUAUAAAACCUAUUUAUGCUUAAUUAACUUAUCCUUUUGAUUUAAGUAUUUAAAGAAUAUAGCACAUUAAUGUGUAUUUUUGAUAUUUGUAUAUAUAUU